GUAUGAACAAUAUUAUUAGCCACUUGGUUUCGUAUCUGUAUCUUAUUUCUCAUUUUCUGGUAGCCGGAUCAGAUUUCAAGACCACGAAAGAUAAAAAAAACAAAAAUAGAAGAAAAGCAAAAGAAACUUGAAGAAAUCAGUCUGCUGCGAUUGAGGAAACUUGCUAUGAUGUCGCUUUGAUUCGAAGUUUCUAUAAUCAUCGGUGGCUGCAAUAUAUACAAGGUAGAUGGAUUGCAACAGAGGUGAGGCUAUGAGGUCAAAAGAUAUUGCUGAAAAGAGGUUUUUAGCUAAAGAUGUUAUUGGUGCAAAGAAAUUUGCUCUCAAGGCACAGAGUUUAUAUCCCGGACUUGAAGGCAUUUCACAGAUGUUGGCAACACUUGACAUUUAUGUGUCUGCUGAGAAGAGAGUAAACGGGGAGGUGAAUGUUUAUGAAAUUCUUGGCAUUAAUCCACAAGCAGAUGAAGAUGUGAUCAGAAAGCAGUACAGGAAACUGGCUCUCAUUCUUCAUCCUGAUAAGAAUAAAUCCAUAGGGGCAGAAGGAGCCUUUAAACGUGUAUCAGAAGCCUGGAGCUUGCUGUCUGACAAGGAGAAAAAGGCAGCAUAUGACCACAGGCAUGCUAAUGAGUUCCAGAAAAAUGCAGGAGGUCCGUCUAAACCACCAUUACAGAACGGUUUUUACAAUUUCGCAAAGAAUGCCGCUUCACAAAAGAAGCCUCCAAAAGGCAAUGACAAUACAAAUCCUGCACCAUCAAAAAAGCAGGAGCGAAGAACCUUCUGGACUGUUUGCUAUCGGUGCAAGGUGCAGUAUGAAUAUCUUCUGAAGUAUCUCCACCGGAACCUUCUCUGUCCAAACUGCCACGAGGCUUUCUUUGCAGUGGAGAUCACCCCCCCUUCUAAUGGAUCAAAAAAAUCCACUGAAUGUGACAACUCUCAGCCCCAAGAAAAUUUGAAACAUCAUGGGACAAACAAGAAGGUUCCCAGUAGUGGAAAAAGUAACCCAGGCCCUUCAAAUGUGAAAUCUUCAGGAUUCCAGUGGAGCCCCUUCUCUAAAACUGCGGGCUCUGCAUCCGCUGUUCAUGCAGCAAGUGUGGUUCAACAAGCUUAUGAGAAAGUGAAAAGAGAGCGUCAAGAAGCACAAGCUGCAACAAAAAGAGAGGAUGCAUUACGAAGGAAGAAUUAUUCCUCCAAAAGAGCUCAUGGGAUGUCAGUAGCUGGAAACCCCAGUCUCGGCAAGAGGAAAAGAGACAUGGAUAAUCAAUGUACAGGUCGGGAAACAUCAAAGGAAGGCAUGGAAAGCAGUUCAACCUGCAGAAAGAGUUUGUCAGGACAAGUCAUGUCGAAAGGUAGGAGUAUACUGGGGGAUAUGGACUUGCUGUAUCCUGAUGUUAGGGAUAUGCUGAUAGAGAAGGCCAAGCAACAGAUACAAAGGAAGGUGAAAGAAUGGAGCUCGCCUACCAUGGCUUCCACUUUUUCUCCAAAUCUAAUGAAUGUCCAUGAGACGCCGGAGAGAAUAGAAGUUAGUGCCAGACAAGAUUGUGAGCGAGCUACUAGUAGUUUUGAAGUGCCUGCAGAGAAAUAUGAUUUUGGCACUGCUGGGGGCUAUAUAUGUGGUGGACUCUUUGAGUACUUUUCAGUCGAUGAACUAGAUUCUGAUUUUUACAACUUCAAUAGAGAUCGAACAGAAAGCUGUUUCAGAGGUAACCACAUAUGGGCAGUAUAUGAUAAUGAUGAUGGUAUGCCUCGACAAUAUGCCAUGAUCCAUAAUGUUAUUUCUAUAAAUCCUUUCAAGGUUAGGAUUAGUUGGCUUAACUCGCUUACAAACAAUGGACUAGGUCCCCAAUACUGGUUUGAUUCUGGUUCCUCAAAAACAUGUGGCAGCUUUAUGAAGGGUAGACGUGAAAUCCAUAGCUCGCUGAACUGCUUUUCUCACAAGGUUAGGUGGUCAAAAGAUUCAAAUGGAGUCAUUCAAAUAUUUCCUAGAAAGGGAGAUGUUUGGGCUUUAUACAGAAACUGGUCUAGAGAUUGGAAUGAGCUCACGGACAGUGAUACGAUACAUAAGUAUGAUUUGAUGGAAAUAUUUGAUGAUUAUGAUGAAGAGGAAGGGGUAAUUGUUGCCCCUCUUGUGAAAGUUGCUGGUUUCAGAACAGUUUUUCACCGGCAUUUGAACCCUAGUGAAAUGAGAGUUAUCCCAAGGGAAGAAAUUUUCCGCUUUUCUCAUCAGGUACCAUCCCAUUUGCAUACAAGCCAUCAAGAAUCUGCAAAUGCUCCGAAAGGUUGUAUUGAGUUGGAUCCAGCUGCUUUGCCUUUAGAACUUCUUCAUUUUAUUCCAGAUGUCGAUGAGGCUGAACACCUAUCUGAUGAGAGAAACGAGGAAAAUAUUAAUGGUUCUCUAGAGAAGACUACCGCCACCAAUGGGAGUGCUGAGAGUUCCCAAGCCUUAAAAGUCACUGAUGGGAUUUUAAAGGAUUCCUUAAUUAACCUGGAUUAGUGUUCUGGGGGGUGAAGUAGCAUGGCAGAUGAUUGCAAACUAUGAAUGUAUAGAGCUCAUCCACCGUCGCAUAGGUAUUUUUCAGUGACUGAUUAUAUAUAUAUUCUGAUUUUACUCUGGCUUGAAGCUGUUAAAUCAUACAGUGCCGCAAAAGCUAUAUCUUAUCUGCAAAUUGAAGAUUGUCACGAUUCUUUGAUGGCAAGCUCCAAUUGUGGAUGUGAAUAAUGCCAAUGGUUCAAGACAAAACAGUGGAUAUAUCUUUGUGUAACAUUUGACAAACAGAUGGAAAGUUUUUCAAUUCUCUAGAGCUUUUAUCAACAAAGAUUGGUGGGAACCGUACAGGGAAAAAGUUUUAUAGUCAUACAUGACUCUUAAGGAGUCACAUGAGUUCAUGUGGCACCAUCGUCAUCACCCAUUUUCAUACUGGGGUGACCCCAUUAUGAAAAUGGGUGAGGAGGAUGAGGACGCAUAGGCUGCUUCAAUUUUUUCACUGGGCAUUGCUGCCACCUUUUGUUUAGUGCAUAUUACCUGAUUGCCUCCGUGUUUCCUGCCUUCCAGUUUUUAAUCAAGGACCUCCUGCAUACCUAAUCAUAUAGCCAAUACACCAUAGGGUCUCACUUUCCUUCGCUUCUCUCUCUCUCUCUAAAUUUGUUUGCCGUUGAUUUAUUGAUAAAUGGACCAAGCCUUGAAAUAUAAUAAAAGCCGCAUUUUCCAA